UAUUUUUCAGCCCAACGUGCGGAAUCUUCUUCGUGGGCAGCGCCGCCGCCCCCAAUCCCAAAAUCGCUCGUCUCCUUCCCCAUCUCACUCUCACAACCUCCCGCCGUCUCGCCGUCUCGCCGUCGAUCAGUCCCCAGCAUGUUGCCCAAGUGCUAGCCGCCUUGCCCACUAUUAAUAUCGCAGGAAUCAUGUCCUUCGCCGGGGUAUCCGUCGUUGCUGAUGGCAAGCUGCUGCAGCCGUCCGCGGAGUCGGCCAUGGUCUACUCCGGCACGGCCAGCGGCAGGCUUGUGGUCGAAGGCUACUCCCGCGUCAAACACCUUCCCAAUAAACGAAGAAUCAUGGGCCACUCUUUCACUUUCAGAGCCGGAGGAUACCAAUGGGCUCUGAUGCUAUUUCCCCAUGGCUGCGUAGGGGAUGGCAGUUCCAUGUGCGUUUAUCUUUUCCUUGACCAGCAUGUCGCACAGCCAGUGAAGGUGAAUCUCCAGUUUAGUUUCAUGGGUGGGGUUGACAAGCAAGAGCCUGCAGUCAAAACAUGUGACUUCACUAACAGCAACCGUGUCUUGGGUGAACAUCAUUUCAUACAAAGAAAGGAUCUUGAGCAGUCAGGGCAUCUCAAACAAGAUUGUCUCAUCAUCCGGUGCGAUUUUACCAUCGUUGAAGCUGCUGCUGCUGAUGCUCCAUUCGUUAAGGUGCCGCUGCCGCCAUCUAAUAUUUGUGAGCAUCUGAACCAUCUCUUCGUCACGAAAGUUGGCGCCGACGUGAUGUUCAAGGUCGGUGACGAGGAGUUCGCGGCUCACCGAUGUGUGCUUGCGGCCCGUUCUGUUGUCUUUAUGGCGGAGCUCUUCGGCCCCAUGAUGGAAGGCACUACAACCGGUGUCAUACAAAUACAAGACAUGGAACCAAACGUGUUCGAUGCCUUGCUUCGUUUCAUCUACACCGACUCAAUGCCCGAGAUGAUGAAGGUGGGAGGAGAAGCGACAACUGAGGUUACGGGGCUGCGACAAUUGCUUGCUGCGGCGGACAGGUAUGAUCUCCAAAGGCUCAAGUUGAUGUACGAAGAGAGGCCGUGCGGGCUUAUAGAUGUGAGCUCGGUGGCGGCCAUCAUUGGUGUGGCUGCACAACACUAUUGCUGCGGACUGAAGGAGGCCUGCCUGGAGUUCCUCAAAGUCCAGUCCGCUGUAGACUUGCGAGGAGUCAUGGCGACCAGUGAGUGGGAGCACGUUGCUGCAACAGAGAUCUCUCUGUUGUGA